AUGAAGGCAAUUAUAAACCUCCUCGCGAUGCUCGCCCCGUUGGCGCUUGCCCAUGACAUGCCGCCGCGAAGCAUGUCGACUUCGGAAUUCCACCAAGCGUUCAUGGAGAGCGGUAUUGUACCGGAGGUCAUGGGCUCGUUCGAUCCAAUGGUCUCCUUCUACACUGGAUACAUGGCCAGCGACGGCGACAAGGCACUGAUGAUGCCCGGUUCGAAGCUGAAGAUGAAGGAAGUUAAGAUGCCGUUCGAGUUCAGCGUGGAGAACAUCAGCAUGGCACAGAACGUCACACGCAACUCUCGGUUCAUUGUGCUCAUGAUUGGCCCCGACUCCCCAUCGCGCGAGAACCCGACUGAACGCAAUAUGAGACACUAUCUGGCUGGAAACUUCACCGUCGAGCAGACCAAAUCCGCAAUUCUGUCGUCUGCCAUGAUUAUGACGAAUUCGACACCCGCUUUCAAUGACUACAUGCCACCAGAGCCCAAGUCAGGAAGUGGCAUGCAUCGAUACAUUUACCUGCUCUACGUUCAACCAGAGAAGAUGAACAAGAUGGGAUUCGAUAUGGCGGGCAUUGACAUGAAGAACCGGAAGAACUUCAACUUAACAGCCUUCCGUAAAAUGGCUGGCCUGAAGCGCCCCAUUGGUGGUACGUUCUUCACACUGAACAUGGCCAAGGAGGGUGGAAGCGGAGGCGGAGGAAACAACAACGGUGGAAACAACGGUAAUAAUGGGAAUAACGGCAACAACGGUGGCAAUGGCAGGAGCGCGGCUUCAUUCAUCACUGCUGGAUCUUGUGUCGUCUUCGUGGCUCUGUUCACGUCGAUGUUUAUCUGGAUGUAA